UGAAGGGGAAGUGAAGACUGAGGUGCAGAAGGAGGAGAAGUGAAGACUGAAGCUGACUGAAGAUGAGUGGUUAUUUGGAGGAAGAGGACAGAGCAGAGUCUCCGGAGUUCAGCUGUGUGUCUCUGAAGAGUAACCAAUCCAAAGAACCUCCUCUAUUCUUCAGUAAUGAACCUGGACCCUCACACACAAAAGGUAAGGGGCACAGACUGAGAGCAGAGUCUCCAGAGUUCAGCUGUGUGUCUCUGAAGAGUAACCAGUCCAAAGAUAUUCCUCUAUUGUUCAGUAAUGAACCUGGACCCUCACACAAAAAAAAGAGGAGGAGUCAUGUUUCUGAGGAGGAGCAGUCGUCCUGCUGUGCUUCGUGUCAGGACGUCCUGAAGGAUCCAGUCUCCACCAGCUGUGGACACUGGUUCUGCAGACAGUGCAUCACCUCAUACUGGGACCAGUCUGGUUCUUCAGGAGACUCCUCCUGUCCCCAGUGUGGACAAAGAUCCAGAAGAGGAGCUGGAGCUCAGACAGCCGGUCAGAGCAGCACUGUACAUAUGUCUGCUGAUGUCUUCACUUCUGACAACAGCACAUAUCUGCAGGAGGGUUUAGGCCAACAUAAGACCAGUCUGAGGAGGAGAUGUGAACAUGUGACUGAAGGAACUGAAGAAACAGGAAGUAGAACCCUCCUCAACKGGAUCUACACUGAGCUCUACAUCACAGAGGGACAGAGUGAAGAGGUUAAUACUGAACAUGAGGUGAGGCAGCUUGAGACGGCUUCCAAGAUGAAGAGACUCCACGACACUCCCAUCAAGUGCCACGACAUCUUUAAAGCCUUCACUGACCAGCAGAGCAGCAUCAGAGUCGUCCUGACCUGCGGCGUCGCUGGCGUUGGAAAAACCUUCUCGGUGCAGAAGUUCACUCUGGACUGGGCAGAGGGUUUAGAAAACCAAGAUGUGGGUCUGCUGGUUGUGCUUUCGUUCAGGGAGCUGAACCUGGUGAAAGACGAGCAGCACAGUCUUCUCACGCUGCUCCGUGUUUUCCAUCCAUCAUUACAGAAGCUCACAGCAGAGACACUCGCUGUCUGUAAACCUUUGUUCAUCUUUGACGGCCUGGAUGAAAGCAGGUUUUCUCUGGACUUCAACAACACGAAGGUCGUGUCUGAUGUCACACAGAGCUCAUCAGUCAACGUGCUGCUGACAAACCUCAUCCAGGGGAAUUUGCUUUCCUCGGCUCUCGUCUGGAUAACCUCCCGACCUGCGGCGGUCAAUCAGAUCCCUCCUACAUGUGUUGACAGGAUGACAGAAGUACGAGGCUUCACUGAAGCCCAGAAAGAGGAGUACUUCAGGAGGAGAUUCAGUGAUAAGGAGCUGAGCAGCAGAAUCAUCUCACACAUCAAGACGUCCAGGAGCCUCCACAUCAUGUGUCAAAUCCCAGUCUUCUGCUGGAUCAGUGCUACAGUUCUGGAGSACAUGUUGACCACAGACCAGGGAGGAGAGCUGCCCAAGACCCUGACUGACCUGUACUCACACUUCCUGCUGGUUCAGACAAAGAGGAAGAACAACAAGUACAAUGGGGGACAUGAGACGAGUCUACAGCAGCUGACGGAGGAUGACAGGGAUGUUCUUCUGAAGCUGGGGAGGCUGGCUCUUAAACAUCUAGAGGAAGGAAACAUGUUCUACCAAGAAGACCUGGAGCAGUGUGGUCUUAAUGUCACAGAGGCCUCGGUGUACUCAGGAGUUUGUACUGAGAURUUCAGAAGAGAGUGUGUGAUCUUCCAGAAAUCAGUCUACUGCUUUGUACAUCUGAGCGUUCAGGAGUUUCUGGCUGCAGUCUACAUGUUCUACUGUUACACCAAGAGGAACAGAGAAGAACUCAACAACUUCUUGGGAACAUAUGGGAACACAGACGGUACCCUGGAUGACCUCAUGAAGAGAACCAUGGAGAAAUCCCUCAACAGUAAAAAUGGUCAUCUGGACCUGUUUGUUCGCUUCCUUCACGGCCUCAGUCUGGAGUCCAACCAGAGAGUCUUAGGAGGCCUGUUGGGUCGGACAGAGAACAAUCCAGAGGUCAUCCAGGGAAUAAUCAACAACCUGAAGAAGAUUAAGACUGAUGACAUUUCUCCUGACAGAAGCAUCAACAUCUUCCACUGUCUGACUGAGAUGAACGACCACUCAGUACAUCAGCAGAUGCAACAGUUCCUGACAUCAGAGAACAAAUCAAAGGAGAAACUCUCUGAGAUCCACUGCUCAGCUCUGGCCUACAUGCUGCAGAUGUCAGAGGAGGUUCUGGAUGAGUUCAACCUGAAGAAGUUCAACACAUCAAACCAGGGUCGACAGAGACUGAUCCCAGCUGUGAGGAACUGCAGGAAGGCUCUACUUGGUGGUUGUGGACUCUCAGAGACUCACUAUGAAGUCGUGGCCUCAGCUCUGAAGUCAGACCCCUCACAUCUGAGAGAACUGGAUCUGAGAUACAACGACCUGCAGGACUCUGAAGUGAAGCUGCUGUGUGCUGGACUGGAGAGUCCAAACUGUCGACUGGAGACUCUGAGGUUGGAUCACUGCAAUCUGUCAGAUACCAGCUGUUCUUCUCUGGCUUCAGCUCUGAGGUCAAACCCCUCUUAUCUGAGAAAACUGGAUCUGAGUGACAACGAGCUACAGGACUCAGGAGUGAAGGAGCUGUGUGGUUUUCUCCAGAGUUCAACCUGUCGACUGGAGACUCUGUGUUUGAAGGACUGCAGUCUGUCAGAGAUCAGCUGUUCUUCUCUGGCUUCAGCUCUGAGGUCAAACCCCUCUCAUCUGAAAAAACUGGAUAUGAGUAGAAACAACCUGCAGGACUCAGGAGUGAAGGAGCUGUGUGGUCUUCUACAGAGUCCAACCUGUCGACUGAAGACUCUGAGGUCAGUAGAUGGUUGGAGUCAGUCCACGCUGCUUUCAUCAGUAUUUUACUAAACACAGUCAGUAUCACAGUAAAGAUCCAGGGUCUGUACCAGAAGCAGGAUUCGUGGUUAUCAGGUUAACUUCAGGUUUAGUUUUUUCAGUCRUACGAAGCUCGUUCACUUC